UGUGUUGUGAAUCGUUUUUGAUAUUGACAGAUAAAACUUUUUUCAGGCUAUGGUUUGUUAUGGAUUAAAUUAUUUGUCGAACCCUGUACAACACACUGUCCAUAAUAAACGCUAGAUCUUGUGUGUCCUCUGUGAUGGAGUUGAGCUCUGAACGUCUGCAACAACAACAACAGCGUAUAAAAAAUGUCAAGUUGUGAAGUUUGAAUGUCACACUGACAGCCAGUUUACUGAUUGCUGCUCGGAUAUUUGGGAAAUGACUUUGCACAUUUGUACCUCAAAAAUGUUCCAAAGGGCAUCGAGAUUAGUAUUAUUUGCAACAAACGAGUACAGGACAUAUUUCUGCCCACUUUCCUAUAAGCAUUCUUUUGUCAGACAAUCUGCAUUGCAAGGAAAGAGAACACAGUUGACUUGGUACAUGCAGAGGUCACUCUCAGGAUAUUCGUCUCCAUUCUACACCCCAACAUCACUGUGCCGAAAUCUUUGCACACAGCCCAGAGACCAGCUGUAUUCCUCAUUAGAAGCUGUGAAGCAACACGUGACCGUUGUGCCUGUAGAGCAGUGGGGUGUGAAGUUUGACCUGGGCGUGGUUGUCGUGGGUGACCCCACCCACCCAGUUGCCCUCUGUUCUCACGGUGUGCCAGGGGGAUCUGAAGACUUUCUCAAUCUGGUCCCUGCCCUGCUGGAUAUGGGUCUAAGGGUUGUCUUACCAACAUACCCAGGAUUCAAGCUAAGCCCACUGCCAGAGAAGGAUAUAUUCCGUCUCACUCACUCGACUGUUGAGAAGGCUGACUUUCUCAGGCGAGUCUGCACACAUUUGCAGAUAAACAGAGUUGAUCUGGUGAUAGCUCACAGCCAAGGGACAGCAGCUGCGUACAAGUUUUGUGCUGAGGAAAAUGUUGAAGUCUGCUGUUUUCCUUUCCCCAUGUGGAUAUGUACCUCAGCAAACUGCUCAGCCAUAUUGGAUGUUACAGACAUUCGCAGCAUUCCUCAGGAAUCCUGUCUUCCAGCCAAUUUUCUCGAAACUCCUCGUGCACCAGUAUAAGAGAACUGGUUUUACUGUCACAGAACUGUCUCUCAUUUGAAAGCAGCUAUUCAGACUGUAGUCUCAGGUGACUUUGACAAGAAUUUGGAUUAUGCCAAGGCUAUUGCCGCAAAGAGGUUACCAGUGGUAUUUGUCAUGUCUCAGAAUGACAGAAUAGUGGAAUGGCAGCGGCCCUUUGAGAUGCUUAAGGAAAUCCACUUACCCGCUGAUAACAUUGUGUAUUAUGACAAGGACACUCAGCCAUCCCAACAGUUCAACACAGGUGGUGAUAAGGACUGGUAUACACGCGUACUUGUCUUUGCAAAGGGAGGUCACCUCAUCCAUCGGACACAACAGGACCUGGUUGUCAGUCAGAUCAGAGACUUAGUUAACUAUGUGAUCAGAUAGUCUUGCGUUUCUGGAUCCACACAGGAGACAGAGACUUUUAGGUUGUAUGUGAUACAGGGCUACCUCUUUAUUAAUCGAAAUUGCUAUGUUUUUUUAAACACAUACAUAUGUAGAUUCUUCUAAACCCAUAGCUUCCAACAUGUGCCACUCUUUUAUUUAAUGACAUCUCACA